AAUGUGAGUCUUCAGCGCCGAUCGCCAUUCACGCUGACCCCGCCGAUAUCGCGCUGCCGCCGCCGCCAUGUCGCCGCUCGCCCGCUCGUUGCUCGUGCUCGGCGCGCUGCUCGCCGCCGCCGACGCAAUGUCGAACCCUUUUUGCGACAGCCUGAGUAGAGGAGAGGAAACUGGUGAUUAUGAAAGUUUUGUGCUAACUGGCACCGGUGAUGCGGUCACGGUUAUUCCUGAUAAAUGUAGCAGACCAGGAAGAAAGUUAGUUGGAGACUAUCUAAGCGCGUGCAACCCCUACCAUACACCAAAGCUCAGCACUCCUAUGGGAAUCCGUAAUAGUCUAGGGGCUGUAUACAUCACCUGCGCUAGAACUGACCCCGGUUGCUCCAGCCUGCAAGUUCAAGUCUUACAGUACUGCAAGAUGGUCACGGCACCGAAACCUCUGCUCUUGGGUUAAACUCGUGGACAUUGUUUGAGUAACUUUUCGCAAUAUAUAAUACAAGGAAGCAAAACAAGCAAAUAAAACAUUGA